CGAGAUGGCGGCGCGCGAGGCGGCGGCGGAGCGGCGCGGGCCCGGCUCUGGAUGAGGGGCGGCCGCAGGCUGCGGGAGCGGCCGCCUCGGCCCCUGGAGCCCCGCGACCCCCGGCGAGGCCUCCCCGCCGGGGCAGGACAGUAUUGGAGCAGCCUACCUAAUGAUCCACCUUCCUGACUCUUCCUAACUUAAAGCCUGGAAUAUAAAAAGUGAUUUAAAUGCCAUAGCAUAUUUGAAAUCAAGCUGUCCUUCCAUGGAAUACUCAUGGCCUGAGGAAAAUGUCACAGGGCUGCCUUCUCUUCUCACCAGAAGGAAGGGUUUCUUACCAUGGCCAUAACACAGUUUCGACUCUUUAAAGUCUGUACUUGCCUGGCAGCAGUGCUUUCGUUCAUUAAAAAGUUAAUAUGCAGUGCUCAUGUUUUCAGAGCUUGGAGGAAUCCUACAUUUUUUUUUCAGGUCUGGAAGAGGGCGAAAGUUAAGUGGAGACCAAAUAACUUUGCCAACCACAGUGGAUUAUUCAUCUGUUCCUAAGCAGCCUGAAGUAGAAGACUGGUCUUCAUGGGAUGAAGAUGCACCUACAAGUGUGAAGAUUGAAGGUGGCAAUGGUAAUGUGGCUGCUCAGCAAAAUUCUUUGGAACAAAUGGAACCUGAUUAUUUCAAAGAUAUGGCACCAACUAUAAGAAAAACUCAAAAAAUAGUUAUUAAAAAACGAGAGCCUUUAAAUUUUGGGAUUCCAGAGGGAAACACAGGAUUCUCUAGCCGAUUAGCAGCCACACAAGAUAUUCCUUUUAUUCACCAAUCUCCUGAACUGGGAGACCUGGAUACUUGGCAAGAAAAUACAAAUGCCUGGGAAGAAGAGGAAGAUGCUGCUUGGCAGGCAGAAGAAGUUCUUAGACAACAGAAGAUAGCGGAAAGGGAAAAAAGAGCAGCAGAACAACAGCGAAAGAAAAUGGAGAAAGAGGCACAAAGGCUAAUGAAGAAGGAACAAAACAAAAUUGGUGUAAAACUGUCCUAACAGAAGCCACACAGCAAUGGCAGUGCCAGUAAAAAGAGAAUUUCAGCUCCACAAGAUACAUAUUGGUAUUGAUUUAACUAUUUAUAGGACUUCAACACACUGCUUGGUUUCAGUGCAUUCUUCAGAUCAUCUUGGAAGCCAGGAUUUUCCCAAAACAUCUUGAACUACUAGUAUGUAGUUCUUAAAGAAGAAAAGCCCUACAGAAAAUCAUGCCUUGAUGGAAUGUUUCCUGCAAUAGUUCUUUUCCAGCACCCUUCUUUGCAGCAAGUGAUUGACAAGGAUGUUGAUUGAAAAACACUCUAAAUGAACAGCUCAAGCCUAGGGAAAAGAAUGUAAAUAUUGAGUGGUGGGAAAUCUACCUGUAUUGUCUGUGCUUACCUGAAACAUGUAAUUAAACAGUUUUAAAGAACCUUUUGUUUCCUGCCUGAUAAAAAAGUCUGCUUUUGCUCUUUUAUGAAAGUAUUUGUAAACACUUGAAAGUUCUCCAUGGGAGAUCAUACUGUGUAGAAGAAAAUAACUUAUUAUGGAUGACCUGCAAGUCAAAAUGUGCUCCUGGUAGGUUAUGCAGGUGAACACUGAAAGUGGAUUUCUUCUCCCUUUGUCACUUGCAGCUUCCUAUGCUCCUGUUUCACUUGACACUGCAUUGACUGCCAGCAGUGGCAUCACUACACAGGAGUGGUGCAGCCUACAAAGGGUUGAUGUGAAUGUAAGGGAGCAUUUUAGUCAUUUACUUGUAUUGGUAAAUUUGUAUUUCUAGCAGAAAUUCUUAUACUUUCUAGAGAUAGGAAUCCUCACACCUUAUAGUUGUUGCAUAGUUGGCGUAAUUGAGAAGAAAAAUUGUGUCUUCUGCUAAUAAAGCUAGUGUGAAAAUUCUCA